AUGGAGCCGGUCGUUAGACCCCCUGGCAUGCAAGUCAGGAUGUUGCCUGCGGCAGGGCUGAUGCCUUCGGCCGACCCGAUGCCAUUGGGCCCCAGGGGCGGCAGCACGAGCAGCUCCACAUGUUUCUCUUACUCAUUCCCGGCAGUCGCUGUAGGUUUGACGGCAGCUCUGACCAGAAGUUCGCGACGGCAAGGUGUGCAGCGUGGCACCAUGACCACACGGGUUGGAGAUGCUGAGACGCCAAGCAAUGGCAUUGAAGAGUGGUUAUUGAGCUUGGACUUGCCAACUCCUCUGAAACCUGUCUUGGGCAGUUCUGCAUGGGCCAGUUUCGCGGCAUCGCUUGUGCAGAUGUUCGUAGUUGCAGGGUUGUCAGCAGUAGGCACCUUCAUCGAGCAGGGUGAGACCCCUGCCUUCUAUGCGCAGAAAUACCCCGAUUCAUCAGGACUGAUUUUGGCUUUAGGCUUCGACCACAUGUACAGCUGCCCGCUCUUCUUGGGAUUGCUCGCAUGGCUAGCCGCAUCGCUCAUUGCCUGCACUGCCACGACCCAGCUGCCACUGGCAAAGAGAGCACAAAGAUUCAAUUUCCAUUCCUCUGCGGCCAUGAAACGCAGAGGUUCCUUUUUGAUGCGUAUCAACUGCCCAGAGACUGACUCAAACGCCACAAAUGCCACGAGCAAGCUUCGGCAAAUGCGAGAUGAGUUAAAGAAGCGCGGCUUCAUUGUCCGCUCGGAUGAUGAGAACAUGCCAACCCAGUUAGCAGCAUCCCGGGGUCUCUUGGGCAAGUUUGCGCCGAUGGUCGUGCAUCUUGCGCUGCUUCUGAGCUUGGCGGGGAACGUGGUUGGUUUGGUCUUCGGGGCUUCCAGUGAGGUCCUUAUUGAAGAUGGAGGCUCUGCAGAUCUUGGCAGGGUCUUGGAAGCUGGCCGCAGAGCCAAAGGUCCUCUGUACGACUUUUUGAGCCCGACCAAAAACCUUAUGGAUGCCAUCGACGUGAAAGUGGAAGACUUCCGCAUCGAGUACAAGGAUGAUGGAACCAUCGAUCAGUUCUAUUCCAAGCUUGCCAUCGAAGAUUCGAAAACUAGGGAGCGACUCUACAGUGAUGAGAUCUUUGUGAACAAGCCCUUGCGCUUUGGAGGGGGCACGAUCUACCAAGCGGACUGGGGCAUUGACAGGCUACAAAUGUACCUAAAUGGUUAUCCGAUAGUGGUGCCAUGUAAAAGUCUGCCGCCCGAGAACGGAGAGCGAUCGUGGGCAGCAUUUCUUCCAGCGGAACUAGUCAUGGCCGAGAAUCCCACGACCGUGAAGCAGAUCACGAAGCCAAAAGAAGGAAUCGUCCUGGUUCUCAACAACAUGCGCAACGUCCAGGUUUAUGGGCUAGACAAGACCCUGGCUGGUGUCCUUCGGUCUCCCACGGCUAAGGUGGAAAGGAAAAUGGAAGGCAUGCCAAUCCAAUUUGGCGAAGAGAUCACUGUUGAGGGCAAGACCAAACUGCGGCUGGAUAAGAUUGUCGGCUCCACGGGCCUAAUAGUGAAGAAUGACCCCGGUGUGCCUCUCGUUUAUGCCGGCUACGCUCUUUUGAUGCCCGCGACGCUGCUAAGCGUGUUGCCGUUCGUGCAGGUGUGGGUGGCAGUCAACAAGGAUGAUCGCAACCAGCUCAUGGUCAGCGGACGAGCCAAUCGCAAUCAGCUCUCCUUCGAGGACGAGAUGAAGGCUGCGGUUUUAUCGGUGGCCACUGCGUGA